UGAAGAAAUUUUGUCUUUUCGUGUUUUAGUACAAAAGAAGAAGUCUUUUUUUUCGAACUUUUGCAUUAAAAGAGUACAAUGUUUACAAAUGGACGCCAGGUUGCUAGAUAACUGAUUCAAGAGUUGAAGAAAAAAACAAAACAACCAUACUAAAGGCAAUAUCACCUCCAUCUUUUUCCUUGGGCCGGAUCAGUUUAUGUGUAGAAUAUGGGCGUAUACAGUAGCAGUUUUGUGGUGGAUCCAAAGUCAGAUGUCGCUGUCUCUGGAUUUUCUCAUCCAAGCAAACCAAACUGGAUCACAGCCCAUGCUGUAUCUACAGAGUUGAGUAUCGCCGAGGUAGACCGUCUGUGGCUGCGGUUCCGGCAGAUGGGAGCUAACCAAGAUGGCGUCCUCACGUCUGAGAUCCUCUCCUCCCCCAAACUGACUGGAGACGUCUUUGUAAAAAAUCAAUAUUCCAGAUGAUGAAUAAUGGCAACCCGAUCCCCAGAGACAUGUUUCAGAAAAUCCUGACACGAAUCUACCCAAAUGAGACAGAAGCAGAAAUCAAGAGAAUAACAGACAUUUUUUUCAAAGCUGUAGAUACAAAUCGAAAAGGCCAAAUAGAUGAGACAAGUUUCUCUCAUGCUGUCCUGGGAUUGCCGAGAGCGAACACCCAGAACAUUCUGAACUUCCACAUUCUGCCUGAGAAGAUGAGAGAAAAUGUUCACCAGAGUCUACCUGAGUUCAGCAGCCAGGCUGGUUUUGUCAGCGCUAGUCCCUUUGAGUCUCAGAUGCCAUCAGACACCAUCCUGAAGGAAGUUGCGGAGAAAAUUCACCGCAAAGACUGGGAUCUGGUAGCCAAUCGUCUUGGAUUUUUUGCUGAUGAUAUUGAUUCUAUCCGGGCGAAUAACCCGAAUAGCACUUUCAAACAGGCACAGCAGAUGUUGUUGGACUGGAAGAUGCGGGAAGGUGACAAUGCUAAGGCGAGCACGCUGGAGAGAAUUCUGAGAACCACUGGCAUGGUGGAGGCCUCACUGUUGUUAGCUCCAUAGGCCCGUCUGUUGUGGAGGCUGAUAGUUAGCUGAGUAAUAGGGUUGUGGUGAUAGUGUAGUGUGACAGUAAAGUGUCUGUAUACUGUAUGUCAGCACUGUUUGAUAGUAUUGUUUGUAUUGUUUGACCAGAUUAUAUGGACAGUAUUGUAUGACCUUUCAUACAUUGUAUGGACAGUAUAUGUGAGAGAAUUGUGCACAGUUUUGUGAAAUUAUAUUUUGGGGUAGUUGUGUCUGACCAUAUUGUGUGAAUGUUAUCUUGUAGUUUUGGGCGUUUGUUGCUUUUAUUUGUCUGAAUUACGCAUUUGUUAAUAUUUUUGUAAGUGUAAGUUAUAUUUAAAAUUCUGUCCCACAAUUUCAUUUUAUUUUGUAUUCCCAUUCGGAUUUAUUUUGGUGAAGGUAGUAGUAGUAUAUAUAUAUAUAU